CCGGCAGGGGCGGGCUCGGAGCGGUUGGUUGGCGUGUCGCCGCAGUGGAAAGGUCCGGGAAAGUUUCUUUGGAGGUCCGGCCCGGUCGGCCAUGUCCCACGGGCCCAAGCAGCCUGCCGCGGCCUCUGUGCCGGCGGGCGGCAAGGCUCCGGGCCCCCACGGGGGCUUUGUGGUGGCUGUCAAGCAGGAGCGCGGCGAGGUCCCUCGGGCUGGCGACAAGAGCUCCCACGAGGAGGAGCCAGUGAAGAAGCGGGGCUGGCCGAAGGGCAAGAAGCGUAAGAAGAUUCUACCGAAUGGUCCCAAAGCACCAGUCACGGGCUACGUGCGCUUCCUGAAUGAGAGGCGCGAGCAGAUCCGCACUCGUCACCCAGACCUACCCUUCCCGGAGAUCACCAAGAUGCUGGGUGCCGAGUGGAGCAAGCUGCAGCCUGGGGAGAAGCAGCGGUACCUGGACGAGGCUGAGAGGGAAAAGCAGCAGUAUAUGAAGGAGCUGCGGGCCUACCAGCAGUCUGAGGCCUACAAGAUGUGCACUGAGAAGAUCCAGGAGAAGAAGAUCAAGAAAGAGGACUCGGGCUCGGGGGUCGUGAACACGCUUCUGAAUGGACACAAGGGUGGGGACUGCGAUGGCUUCUCUACCUUUGACGUCCCCAUCUUCACUGAAGAGUUCUUGGACCAAAACAAAGCGCGGGAGGCGGAGCUGCGGCGCCUGCGGAAGAUGAACGUGGCUUUCGAGGAGCAGAACGCUGUGCUGCAGCGGCACACGCAGAGCAUGAGCAGCGCGCGCGAGCGCCUGGAGCAGGAACUGGCGCUGGAGGAGCGGCGGACGCUGGCUCUGCAGCAGCAGCUCCAGGCCGUGCGCCAGGCUCUCACGGCCAGCUUCGCCUCGCUGCCGGUGCCAGGCACCGGAGAGACCCCGACUCUCAGCACCCUGGACUUCUACAUGGCCCGGCUGCAUGGUGCCAUUGAGCGUGACCCGGCAAGGCACGAGAGCCUGAUCGUGCGCAUCAAGGAGAUCCUGGCCCAGGUCGCCAGCGAGCAUCUGUAGGGCCGGCUGCCCACGGAUCCCAGGAGCAGCGCAGCGCCCGGCCCUCCCCAUACUGGGUGAUGGAGGAGAGGCUGGGGCUCCACCCUUUGGGGCCAGGCCCCAUCCUGCACCUUGGGGGCUCCAGCCCCCCUAAAACUAAAUCUCUACAGCACCCCUUCAGCUUUCAGGCUCCCAGUCCCAGAACCCAGAGAAGGCACUGGAAAGGAAACUAGAACCCCAGAGUGGCAGGGCCCAGAGGGGACACCCAGGACCCACGGCACAUGAGCCAUGGGAGGGCUGCCUAGGGCUCCCCUGCACCCCCAGAACUGCUUGCAGCAAAGGCUGCCUGCACACCGGCCAUGCAACAGAAAGAGCCUUGGGUAGCAGCCCUCAGUCUCGGCAGUGCCUGGGUGCGGAGGGGUUGGGCGGCCCUGACUGUCCCCUGCUCCAGCUGAGCAGCCCUCACGGCGGCAGAUCUUCCCACUGCUCGCACCAGACUUUUUAAAUAAAAACUCAAAGGAUUUGCGUUUCAA